AUGAAAACAUCUUUUAUGGAUAACAAUAGUGAACAAAAUGUUUUCAUAAGCAUUUAUCUUUAUCAAAAUGGAAAAGUUUGCAAACCUGAGAAGCUUCGAAUUCGACGGAUUGACAUUUCUAAGUAUUUCAAUGUAAAAGGACGAUGCUACUACAAUGGCUUACACGUUCUUCAUACUUUGGAUGGAAAGCCGGUCACCUGUCUCGAGAACCUUGAGGAUAACACAGCUUUCGUACUUGUCAUAUCAAAUGAACAUUUCAUUUGUGCCAAAUACAAAGAAAAUUUUAUUCAAAUGAUGAAUAAGAAAAAUAAUUUAAUGAAAGUUCAUACACAAAAACGUUCAAAAUCUUCUCCCUUAAUUGGUUGCAAAAAUUCAUCUAACAUUUCAUGUGGUAAUUCAAGUCAGCAAUCAGUUGUUAAGAAGAUUAGUGAAGAAGUUUGCGUUAAACCGAAGUGCAGAUCACCAGAACAUGUGCAUUGUGUAACAAAAGAUGGAUUUCCUUGUUGUGAUCAUGAUUCAGAAUCAGAAAGUGACGAAUUUGGACAGAGUGAAGAAGAAUGUUAUCCAAAACCUUCUAUGAAGGCAUCGGCAUCGAAGCGUCCAAAAUCUCGACCGUCUUGCGAUCCUUGUGGAGAAGGCAAGGACAAAGCUACUUCAGCUUCGAAGAGAACACAAACUACAGACUCUGAUUUCAAGAAAGCCAAGAAAACUAUGAAGAAAGCAAUAAAAGAGGAAAAGGCCCGACAAAAACGAUACGGAGGAAAUAAACGAUUUGGCGGAAAUCAAUGUGCUAGAGACAAGGACACAGAUGACGAUUGCUUGAACAAGACAGACGCUGAUAUACGUGAAAAAAAGAAACGAGAAGAUGAAUAUAAGAAAGCUCGUCAACGAUACCACCUACAACGAAAAAACUUGAUUUCGAAAAUUAAUAAAUCUCUCGAAAAGGAAGGACUGAACCGUAAAUUUUGAUGCCUUACAUUGUUGUGGGUCUUCUCUGUCGAAUCUUUAUAAAUUCAAUAAAACUUCAAAUUUCAAU